AGCAGCGCUUGCAGGCGCAGGUGCUGUCCCUGGAGCGUCAGAACGCGGAGCUGCAGAAGCGGCUGGCGGACAGCCAGGCGGCUCUGGAAGCGGCGCAGCAGGCGAAGCAGGCGGCGGAGGCCAAGCAGGACGCGCUGAAGGACCAGGCAGCGCAGGCCGCCAGCAACGCCAAGGCGCGCGAGGGCGCCCUGGAGACCGCCCGCCGCGCCAACGACGCGCUGUCGGGUGAGCUGCGCGGCUGCCAGGAGGAGCUGGCGGCUGCUCGCGACCAGCUGGCGGCCGCGAAGGACACGGCGGUGCAGUGGCAGGAUCGCGCGAUGGAGCUGGGGAAAGAGCUGGAGGCGGCCAGGAAGAAGAUUGAGACGCUGGGUGAGGAGGAGCGGCGGCUGAGCUCUGAGAACAUGGUACUACGGAAGGAGGUGCAGCAGCUGAACGACGCCAUCAUAAAGGGCCGCAUCGAGGGCGCCGAGCUGCGGGAGAAGCUGCGGGCGGCGCAACAAGACUCGGCGCGCGCCGUCAGCACGGCGCAUGCAGUGGCUUACCGGGCGGAGAGCGAGCAGGAGGGGGCAGCGACGCAACUGGCGGUGUUGAGGAACAGGCUGGCAGAGCUGGAGGCGCGCAACAGCCAGCUGGCGUACGACCUAGCGGCCAGCAGGGAGGGGGAGGUGCGGGCCCGGCAGGCGGCGGAGGCGGCGCGAGCGGCCAUGGCGGCGAAGCCGGCCGGUAUCAUGAGCGAUGUGGGUCCUCCAUCAGCACGACAGUACGGCGGAUACCAAUCUCAAAACUGGAUGGCUCCGGAACCUGCUCCCGCUACCUCCUCCUCCACUACCACCACCGCCACUGCUGCUGGCGUUACUGCUCCUGCCAAUCCUCAUUCCUCCGGAAGCGUCCUGGCCUCCCAUUCAAGCGGACGCCCCGCCCUGCCGCAGCCCUCGGUCUCCGCCUCCCUUGCAUACCCAACCCAGCAACAAACCUCUGAAAGCUCGGCGGCCGCCGUUCUUCGGGACCUCCCGCCCGACAUCGCAUUCAGCAAACUGGACCCCGAAACGUUCCGAAGUAUGGUACGAGCAGAGGCGGAGGCCCUGGCUCGCGCUGCCAACAACGGGCAAGGGCCGUCAUCGCCUCGGCAGCCCUCGUACGGAAGCCGGUACGGCGGCGGGUACGGAGAUCCGCCGCUCCUUGCACCGGAACCCAGCAAUAAUGGCAGUUAUGUUGGUGCGGGGCCGUCACGUGACUCAUGGGUCGGUAAAGAGGGCGAUCACGAGCGCAAGUCGUACGAUCACAAGCCGUACGAUGCGGGCGUUCGGGACUCCCUGCAGGCUCUGCUUCCUGACCCGCGUGCCUCCUGGGCCGCUCAGUUGCGGGAUGCUCGGGGCUACGGCGGCGGUCGUGGCGGUGACGGCGUUGCCUCACCCACAUCCAGCUGGUCCCAACAACAACACCAGCAACACCAGCAGCAACAACAACAGCAGUUCAGGAGGCAGCCGCCUGGCGGCGGCGGCAACAACGCCACCGCUCCCACCAGCGGACCUGGCUCCUCUUCCUCCCCCCCGCCGCCGCCGUACGCCAUCCACACCGUGGACAGCAGCUACGCCUUCCGCCGGCCGCCCAAUGCGGUGGGGGCGGGUACGACGGCGCCUCUUGGAGCGGCAGCAGCCAGCGACACGCCGUUUGGAACUGAGAUGACCACCAAGGAGCUCAUGUCCCGCAGCAAGGCGCUGGAGGACCAGCUGAUGGUGCUGUGCUCGGAGAAGGGCGGGCUGGAGGCGGAGUACGCGCGCAUGCCGCUGGGCGCCGGUCGCAGCCUGCGCGAGCGCAACCGCAAGGCGGUGGUGGAGCAGCGGCUGGAGCUGCUGAACAAAGAGAUCUCGGCGGUGCGCAUGCAGCUCAAGAGGCUGGGG